AUGAGACGGAAGUCUCGUUCGAUGACCGACAUAAAACUGCAUCGGGUUUACUUGGACAUGGUACAGGGGUCACGUCCGAAGUCGCAACCUUUGCAUGCGGCUGUCGGUCUGAAUGUGAAGCGAGUGCCUCAUCAGAAAGCAUGGCAGGUCGUGAUGGUUGCCGACUCAAAUGUGAUGAUGAAACCUCAUUCGGAAUCACUGCAAGUUGUGGGGGCUGCCAGCUAA